UCCUUUCUGAGUACCCAAACUGGAGAGAAGCCGUGAGUGAGAGACUGGGGAAGGAGGCACACCGGUAGGCGGAAGAAUCCAGGACGCUGAGGGUCCAGGUUCUAGCUUGCUCCCUCCUGUAUCAGUUGAAGGAGAAAAGUUUGUGAAUUGGGCCCCCAAGUUUUGGGGGACCCGUGCUUGCGGCGUGGGGUGACAGAGGCUCUUUAGAGCUUCCCCCAUGGAGCCCACCCAGCCUGCAGAGGACCUCAGUGUGACCCAGCAGCUCCCCAUCCCAGAAUUUGGGGACCCUGAAGACCCUGGGGAUGAGGCCCCUGAUGGCUCAGAUACUGUGGUGCUCAGUCUUUUCCCCUGCACCCUGGAGCCUGGGAAUCCUGAACCGGAUGCUGGUGCCUCCUCACCUCAGGGAGGCAGCUCCCUGAAGCACUCAACAACCCUCACCAACCGGCAGCGGGGGAACGAGGUUUCGGCCCUGCCAGCCACCCUGGACUCCCUGUCCAUCCACCAGCUUGCGGCCCAAGGGGAGCUGAGCCAGCUGAAGGAACAUCUGAGGAAAGGCGACAACCUCAUCAACAAGCCGGACGAGCAUGGCUUCACCCCACUCAUCUGGGCCUCCGCCUUCGGAGAAAUCGAGACUGUCCGCUUCUUGCUCGAGUGGGGUGCUGACCCCCACAUCCUGGCCAAGGAGCGGGAAAGUGCCCUGUCACUGGCCAGCAUGGGCGGCUACACAGACAUCGUGGGGCUGCUGCUCGAGCGUGACGUGGACAUCAACAUCUACGACUGGAAUGGAGGGACACCACUGCUGUAUGCUGUGCGUGGGAACCAUGUGAAGUGCGUAGAAGCCUUGUUGGCCCGAGGAGCUGAUCUCACCACGGAGGCUGACUCUGGCUAUACCCCAAUGGAUCUUGCCGUGGCCCUAGGAUAUCGGAAAGUGCAACAGGUGAUCGAGAACCACAUCCUCAAACUCUUCCAGAGCAACCUGGUGCCCGCAGAUCCUGAGUGAAGACUGCCUGCUGGGGACUCAGAUACUCAGGGAACAAAACAGUUGACCUAGAACUAGCUUCAAAGGCAGCUCCUGGACAGACAGUGGGGGGGGAUCCUUCCCAAGAGGAACCAAUAAACCUUCUGUGUGCAUAA